UUCCACAAAAGACAGGAAAUUGUUUUUUUCAUAUAGUUGAUCACUUCGCAAACAAUUUAGAGCCAAUAUUUAAUAAUAAAAAAACAUGAAACAGUUUAAAAUAAAGCGGAUCAAACUAAGUUUUUUUUAAUUGAUACGUCAAAAAUAUGGAUAUUACAUCUAUGUGUUAAGGACAAUAUGAACAAUUAGUGAUAAUUAGUUUUUAUUUCUGGUAUUUUAAACGAUAAGGUCAACAAGACGGGCGCAUACUGACGACCAAAUAUAUUACCCAGUGCGCAAUUAACAACUAAAUUCGGCGAUCAUUUUCUUUACUCAAUGGAAAUUUAGCGGGUUUGUAAAAAUGCUUACAUACUGAUUUUGGUCAGAAUUUCUUAAUGAAUAAAUGUGAAUCUGCUUAGUGAUCCCAAUGCCUGAGGCAUGAUCCUGAACACGAAUUAAUUAUAAAUGAUAUGCCUAUAUAAAUUUCAGUUUAAUCGUGGUUUAUAAUGGAAAAGUCAAAUACUGCUAUAAGUUUAAAUGAUACUCCUGAACCAUGCUAACCAUUGGAUCCAUUUCAAUGAAUUUUGACGGUUUUUGUGAUCUACAAUUUCAUAUUUGAUAGAAUACGCCUCGGUUCGUGUGUUUUAUUCCGGCAAAAAUGUUCACAAAAUAUUGGAUAUAUGUUAUCAAAAUUGCUCAAAACCUUAAUGAACGUGAGAACAGACUAUUAUGAAGUCUGUGCUCUAAUAUAUUGAGUUCAAGAUUAUAUUUUUGGAUUAUGAACAUGCAUCUAUUAGGUUUAUGGAAAUGAUUUACCCGCAUGGAACAAAAUCCAGAUAAUCUUACGUAAACAUAUUUAGAUAUCACUGAGCUGCAAUGUUUGUCAGAGAUUAGUUUACAUUGUAACAUUGAGAGAUUUGCCAAAUAGUUUCGUUCAAGGUGAUAAGAUUAUUUAUUGCUUAAUUCGUGUGCCUUACCUGAGGAAACGCCAAUGAAAGUUUUGAAGAAGGUGGAAUUAUCAAUGCUGUAUAGGACGUUAUCAAUACUACUUAAACAUAAAAAGCUACAAUAAUGUCUGUGGUGAAAGCCAGGCCCAUCCAGAGCAAGACCGGACCCCGAAAGAAGGUCCUCCCAAAAAUUGUGCAACUGGGGCACCAGCUUCCGGUAAAACGUCCAGACGAACUCGACGUCUGGACGCCUGUUGACGUCAGUGGCGAAAUCAUGAGCUCCGAGUGUUCACAUAGUUACCGCGCGAGUGAUGGCGCCGAUAAACAUCGUUGUCCAAAGUUUAAAAACCUGUUCGAGUAUAACAUACAACAUGGUGAUAAAUAUCAGAUUGGACGUCGUCUUUGGAAAAUUCCAAGCAUUGGAAACAACUUCAUGCCGUUCCAUGACAAGCAUUCCAAAUCCUCGGAGAAGGAUGAAAUUGCAAUGUACCGACCGAAGUUUCAACGCUGGUAUAACCGUCUUGUCCAUGAAAACACGGUGAUAUUGCCGCCUAUUGAGACGUCAGAACGCGUCAAAGAUAACGUCUUCGAAUCUAAUAACUUUAACGAGAAAAAGUACGUGCUAAAACGUAACAAGAACACCGGACCACGUGAACGUUUCGUACGUGACGAGAUGUACCUACCUGACGCUUAUUCGACGUGCUUUACGUGUAAGGAGUGUCACAAACAAUACGCCAGUGACGCUUACGUGCAGACGUGGGCAAAAAGAAAUCAAUUGUCACCAACUUGUACUACUACUACCACGUCAUCGAUAAAUGGGGCGUCGACGUACCGACGUAACGGACGUAGUAUUGAGAACCGCGGACAACACUGUGACGUUUUAGGGGAACGUUACUGUCAGGCAUGCGUUGAGUGGCGAAACAAAAUGUUUUCCCUCCAAGUAGAGGAUAAACUGGCUAACUCAAACGACCUUAAAAAAGUUCAUUAUUCGACGCGCUUUUAAGCAAUGGAGAUUACGCAAGAGUCGGAUUUCAUUUAAUGCGGUCCGGCGUCAUGUCAAAUGGAAUUUUCAUAAUCUAUUAUGAUAAUGUCUACCAAAUAUUUACAAUAUUAACAAAUAUUUUGCUGUUUAUCCAACUUUUGAGUGUUAUGGUUUCGUUUGGUUUUGAUAAAAAAAAUCAACGCAGCUUUUUCACAAUUUCUCAUUGCGUGUUAUUUAAAAGUGACACUCGUAUUUUAAAUCAAUAUAUACACAUGUAUAACAAAUAUAAAUUUUGAAUGAUAAAUCUUUAUCUACUUACUAAAUACUGCAUUUAUGGAAAGUAUUAAUUAUUGAUAACAAGAUUGUAACCGUGUGUUUAAUAGCUGAAAACGCAAAAAUAUUAAAUGACUGGUGAAUUCUAACAGAUUUACAGUGAUAAACUAUUGUGUCAGGAGGUAGAAAUAUCGCGUUUUCUGCUCCUUUCUUUCAAAUUCAACACGGUA